GUUUUUCUUCCAUUUCCGGUGCCCACGAGAAUGCAUCUCUCGUGGCAAAUACCCACCGCCACCUUCCACCCUCUAUCAUCAUCUACAAAAUCCAGCAAUUCGAUUUGCUCCGUUUCUACCACUUUCUGUUGUCUUUCAAAUAGAGGAGAAAAGGUUUAUUCCACAAAUAAUAGGUAUGGUGGAGGUGGGGUUCAUGUGCCAAGACCUAAGUACAUCGCGAUCUCGAAAUCAGAGCUCUUGGAUGCCAUUGUCUUGAUGUUUGAUUCAAGAAAAGAGAAAGAUGAUUUUCUUUUGAUGUCAUCGUGCCUGGACUCUAUUUUACAUGCCGAACAUAAAAGCAUUUUAGAGGAAAUGCGUGCCGAUUAUGAUCUUACUCAUUCUGCUCGUCACAAGACUACAAGUCGCGAUGAUGGUAGUUCUGAAGGAAACUCAAUGCCUGAUGGGAAGGAUUCAGUCAUCGAUUUCUCAGACCUUUUGGGAUAUUCAACAAAAAAUACGAAGAUAAAUUCUGUAGAAAUUUCCAGAGUUCCAGUUGACACCCGUUUCCAGCAUGCUUUUAUGCAACUACUUUACAAUGCUCAAUUUGAAGAGCUGUCAGCUGCUGACUUGAUGUUGACAUCGGCAUUGAAUACUGAUUAUCUACUCACUCUCCCAGUUUAUGUUGAUUGGAAGAAAACAUCAGAGUCGAAGGCUAUAAUUUUCAGGAGGGGAUAUGCAACAGAGAGGCAGAAGGGUCUACUAAUAGUUGAAAAACUAGAUUACUUGCAGUCCAAACUUCUGCAAGCACUCUUCUUCAGUAUCUCUAAACCAUUAGGGAAAGUCGGGAUGUGGUUUGCUGAGGCAUUAGAAAGCAGCAUCCGUGGACAAGAUGUGGAGGUUUGGUUGAAAAGGAUCAAACAUUGGUUCAAGGAGGCUCCUCUUUUCAAUAAAUCAUUCAUGCUUGAUAAACCUUUGCCUGAUGAUAUGUUAGGAGCUGAUCAACUCUCAGAUAAAGACCUUCCCAUAUGGCUUGCUGCACAGAGGGCAGUAGCUCGUUAUGAAGGAAUUUUGUCAUCAGCUGGACCCCGUGGCAGGCUCUUGAGGAAAUUGCUUACAUGGACAGGACUUAUACCCCCCGUCCCUGAACAUAUAUUUAACCUGGACUCAGAUAUCACUGCAUCAGAAUCAUAUUUGAGGCCAAUUUUCUUGUCGAGAAUAUCACUUAGUGAUAUAUGGGAGCCGGCUUCAAGAAGAUUGUGUGGAAAUAAUCCUUGGAAAAUGUUGAAGAGCGCAUUUUCAAUUUUUUCGUCACGAUCAAUCCUUCAGGAACCCGCAUUCCAAGAAUUGAUUUUGCUUUACACAAAAGAAAUCGAGGAAAAAGAACGCAUAGAUCAAGCUCCUCUGUUGCAGUUGAAGAUCUAUGAGAGGAUUCCUAUUCCUGAUUUGACGGUUAUUUUCCCUCACAAGAAGCUGUCUUUUCGCAUUUUGGAUACGGUACGCUUGGAUAUCGCCUCGAUCUUGGGGAUCUUGGCCUACUUCAUAAACUACAAAUUUGAGAAUAUAUUGUCCUCACCAUCAGCAAUACUUCUAGAUGUUAUUGCAGCAAGUGCUCUUGUAAUAUACUUGUCUCGUAUAAUUUUGGGAUACAAACAGACGUGGGAUAGGUAUCAACUUUUGGUUAAUAGAACGCUCUAUGAGAAGACUCUAGCCAGCGGUUUUGGAUCCGUUCACUUUCUUUUGGAUGCUUCUGAACAGCAGCAAUACAAGGAAGCUAUUUUGGCUUAUGCCAUUUUACUCAAAGCUGGGAGUACCCAGAUGUUAAAAACAUGCAGGUUCCACUCACCUCUGGAUGCAUCGAGUCCCACAACCAUGACAUAAUCAGUGAAUCUUGAGUAUCCCACUCUCCAUAUUUGGGAUCUUCUCUUUUUAUGCAUGUUCAAGAAGAUGAUGAAGUUUGCCUUUUCCUUUGAGUUUUCUGCGAACUACCUGGACCAGAUCAUGUAGUUCCUUCCGUUGUCAAUAAGCAGCUUGAAUAUUCCCGAGUUCAUUCGAAUGUGCUCCAACAACAGCUUCUGUCGGUCUGGUAACAUUCGAGGAUUCAGAUGAUGUCAGCAUGGAUAGGUUUGGUUGCUUUCGAGGGAAAACAGACAAUAGGACUAAAAACUUUGACAAAAUAGUUUCAGCAAUAAAACUGAAGAAAAGAACAGGGUAAAAUCCGAGCUCUGGUACCAUAUAGAUUUAGAGAAAAUAUGUUGUGUAUAUUUUAUUGAUGAUGAACAGGUUUAUAUACAGACUAGAAGGCCUAAAUUACAUUUCCUAACUAAAAGGAUUUACAAACCAAGAAAAUAAAAAAGAUCGGCCAUAAUCAAAUCCCUUGAAAUGAGAGAUUAUGAUUCUGUAUCAGAUGGUAAGUUUCUGCCAUCAGCUUUGUUCUCUAUUUUGCUCAAACAUAUUCUGUAUAUUGUUUUCUAUUAGAGAAAAGAGAAUUUCCUAAAACUUGAUGGGUGUGGUGAGAGAUGAUUUUUUUUCCAUUCUCACUGAUGAGAUUAAACUAUUAUUAUUUUAUAUAAUAUUUUGAAGAGUGCAUUGGGAUUAUAAACUAUAGAAUAAUCUAAUAAUGUGAUUAAUAUUGGAAUCUCUAAAAUAGAGAAUCUAUUGGAGUUGAAUGUAAUUCUGUUUAGAGAUUUUGACUUUUGGUUCUUUGUUUUAGAGAAAUUAUGGAGAUGCUCUAACCAACCAACUAUGCUUAUUAUAAUUUUGACUUUUAGUGAAUGAAGUAUAGACGUUAUGGGAUGCUGUCCAAAUGU